AUGGGGGCUAGUCGUAGAGCUGGUUUCUGUCUCGGGCGACAGGGAGAGGCUAUUAAUAAAGUAGUAGUAUUCGACGAAAGUUCGAGAAACCCAGAUUACGAGAAACUAGAGGUCGCUGCUGGAUGGCUCGACUGUGAGCGGAUUAUACUUUAUUUCCAGAGUCGACGACUUGAUAUUUUCAAUCCCCAACCAAAUAUAUACUGGCGUGUUGAUAUCCGAAUUGACGGUGAUGGAGUUUUUAACGGAAGUGACCGUCUCAGGCAAAUGAGAACACCGAUAACAGUGAUCUAUGAUAAGGGUUUUAAACUCUGUAAAUCAUACACUGUGAAGUGGAAGGCGACAGACUUCGUAAAGCAAGGGCCGUCGCUUUACAAUAUCACGGGACAGCAAGCCAUCAAAAUGCCUUGUAAAUGUAAACAGUCAGUUAUUGAAAUGGAACCAUUCAAAUUACAAACUAUGAACGGCGCAAAGUAUACUUUUCCUUCUCAAUCGGAGGCCGGCACUCGAGACUACGUAUUCCUACGGGAGUGCGACAACCCCAAAACAAGAAUAUCAUUCAAUGGUAGCGUGACCACCACAGGGUCUGAUGAACCAAAGCUAGAUUUGGUGCGAUUCUUCUUCCCGUACCAAUUCAACGACCCCCAUACUUUAAUCAUGAAUUCAGACGGAGUAGCGACGAUCAAUGGUCAAAAAAAUUUGAAUAUACAUGACGAUCAUUAUGCUGGUGUCGAGUGGUUCUCCGGAAGUGGUAACAUGGUAGUAGUUUUUAAAAAGAUCGAAGUCCGGGUUUUGUGGGAUCAUAGCAAAAAUAGCGUCACAAUCGCUGCAGGAGAAGAAUUCUCUGCCUGUGGACUGUUGGCAUAUAAGAAAGGGAAAGCGAGUGAUGAUAUACAGCAGUUACCGAAAGAAUUCGUGAACGAAUGGGCCACUUCGUAG